AUGACUACGCUACGCUCAUUUCAAGUGGACAUAGACAACAUACGGGCACACGAAGUGUCCAAGCAGCGCAAGCAUGCGAUUGCCCAAAUGGAUCAGGAGAACGUGAAAGGCAAGGGGAAGGAGAAGGAGAAUGGGGAGAAGGCUGCAGCGGUGAAUGUACUCGACCACUACGACCUUGUGAAUGAAGAUGCGGAGGCCUCCAUUCAAUCACUCCUACUGACGAAGACCCUUCCCGAUCGCGACAAAGCUAGAGAUAAUCUAGCCGCGUUGAUUACCCAGAAUCAUGGCGAAUACGUCCUGCGUAUGGGGUCACGCCCGCCCUCGAUAAAUAUGUUCGCUGGCGAUCUUAACGACGACACGGACGGGUACACGGGUACCCCUCGGACGGCAGGGGAGUUGGAUUAUCUGACUGAGGCGAUCAGUGCAGCGCUAGAUGAGAUAGGGGGGAAGACUUCAAUAUUAUUCCGAAUAGAUGGCAAACAUGCACGAACAUCACUCCUUCUCCGUCUUCCCCCGCCCAGCGUUUCACUAACGCCUGAAGUUCGAUGUGCAGUGGUUGGUAACGUAGAUAGUGGCAAAUCGACAACAUUAGGUGUACUCACUCGAGCAGGCGCCUUGGAUGACGGAAGGGGUAGGGCGCGAGUGGGACUCUUCCGCCACAAACACGAGAUGGAGACUGGUCGGACGUCCAGCGUGGGCAUGGAGAUAUUGGGCUUCAACACUUCUGGAGCACCGAUACUCCCAAAUACCGCCCACUCCAACGAUCCGGACACAAUACGACGCGAGAAGAUGGGCUGGGAGGAAAUAUCCACCCAAGCUGCGAAGAUCGUGUCUUUCAUCGACCUUGCUGGACACGAGCGGUAUCUGAAGACAACAUUAUACGGUCUGACGUCUGGUGCACCUUCGUGUAUAAUACUCAUCGUUGGAGCCAAUGCUGGUCUCAUUGGCAUGUCGAAGGAACAUUUGGCUAUUGGUCUGGCACUGGGUGUUCCCAUUGUUGUUUGCAUUACCAAGAUUGAUAUGACCCCAGCAAAUGUACUGGCGGAGACACAGAAACAAGUCGUUAAGAUCCUCAAGAGUCCUGGAUGUCGGAAGGUUCCUGUGUUUGUCAAGUCGACUGAGGUCGCCGUGGAGUUAGCACAAUGCUUCGGCCGAGAGAAGCUAUGUCCCAUAUUCCAAUUAUCCAACGUCACCGGCGAGGGACUCGACCAUUUCCGCACAUUCCUGAAUUUGCUUCCUUCCAGCGAGGCGGACGAAGAUAAGUUCGCUAUCAACCACCCGUUAGAGUUUUCCAUUACAGAGAUCUGGUCUGUACCGUACGUCGGCACCGUCGUCAACGGAAUCGUCAACGCAGGCACCGUCAAGACAGGCGAUGCGGUGAUGUUCGGUCCAGACGCCAACGGGAACUACCAGAAUACGAUAAUAAGGAGCAUGCAAAGGAAGCGGGCCAAUGUAAAAUCCGCGGACGCAGGCCAAUGCGUGUCGCUGGCGCUCAAGCGGACCCGUCGUGCAGAUGUCCGCAAGGGCAUGGUACUCGUGCAUAAAACUGAGACCCCGCCACGCCCGGUUAAGCAGUUUGAAGGACAAGUACUGAUUCUAUACCAUAAUACGACUCUUCAAAGAAAUUAUCAGGCGAUGCUUCACUGUGGGGCCAUCCGUCAGACAGUCCGAAUAAUAGGGAUGGACCACCCAAAUGGAGUGCUCCGUACAGGCGACCGAGCGACGGUUCAGUUCGAAUUCAUAUCGCACCCAGAGUUCAUCAAGGAGGGCAUGAAACUACUUUUCCGCGAGGGCAAGACCAAGGGACUUGGUAUGAUCACCCGUUUGCUGUAA